GUGAGUGCGCGUGCGCUCCGGUCCUGUCCAGUGUGAGUGUGGUGCUGAUGCAAUAAUGAUCUGUCUGGUUUUAGCCAUUUUUGCAAACAUCUUCCAGACAGCAUGGACUGGGAUUCACGAGCGCACGUUCAUCGCAGUGAAACCAGACGGCGUGCAGCGCCGCCUUGUAGGGGAGAUCAUGCGACGCUUCGAACAGAAGGGCUUCAAGCUGGUGGGGCUGAAGCUGGUGCAGGCCUCAGAGAGCCUCCUGAAAGAACAUUACCUGGAGCUGAGGGACAAACCCUUUUAUAAAGGACUGGUCCGAUACAUGGGCUCUGGCCCCAUCGUUGCCAUGGUUUGGCAGGGGCUGGAUGUGGUAAAGACCUCACGUAAGAUGCUGGGAGAGACCAACCCUGCUGACUCUGCCCCCGGCACCAUCCGAGGAGAUUACUGUGUGGAGGUUGGCAGGAAUGUGAUUCACGGCAGUGACUCUGUGGAGAGCGCUCAGAGGGAGGUCUCCCUCUGGUUCAAGCAGCACGAGCUGGUCUGCUGGGAGGAGGCUGGAGAACACUGGAUCUACGAGUAAAGCACUGACACACACAGACACACGCAGUUCCUGAGAUCACACAUUCCUCAGGCUUUCUUGUAAAGAAUACAAACUACAGUUCAAUAAGUCUGCAAGUUCAUCAUUCACAGUUUGUUUUUGACAGUAUAAACCAUAUAAAGCCAUGCACUAAUUAAAAUUUUGUUAUGUUCUUUGCAACUAGAAGGCAGGCGCGCACACACACACACACACACAUUAGCUCGUAGUUGAUGGCUAACUGGUUUAGACCAUCAUAUUUGCAUUUCCAUUCCUCUCUUGUCUCGCUCCUCACUGCUCAAGGACUGGGGGCUCCUAACUGAUCUAGACCUGUCAAUUCACCAGGCCCGCCGUGAGUCUGUGUUAUGGUCAGUGCUAUGUUAUCUUUGCUGUGUCCCGGGUUGUCCAUACCACAGCAUUAUAUUUUUAAGCAACUCUUGGAAUUGUUAAUCACACGUCAUGGGUGAUAAAUUAACUGGGCAAUACAUUUCUCAACAUUUACUCAGAGUUGUUCACCAGGAGAGUACAAAUGUCUUCUAAAGAUCGCAGUGUAUCCAGAUCACGCUCCCUCUGCAACAGUGCUUGUUUUCUGUUCAUACCACUACACCACUGAUUUUAAUCAGAGCACCAGCGUUGCUGCAUGAAGGAGCGUGAACUGGAUGCACUGCGAUGUUUAGAAGAUCUUUUUAUUCUCCUGGUGAACGAUCCCGAGUAAAAGUUGAAAAGUAAUUCCCUAGUUAAUUUACCUUUGUGUGAAUAAAACACUGUCUCAGAAAUGAUCCACCUGAGCUGAAUGUACAUCACUGCAUUGUGUCCUGGGCUAAAGUUCAGCCAUUGUUUGAGUCUGCAUUUUUCAGAUAGACAGGAGGGUAGAAAUAGAUACCAUGUCUGAUUUAAAGAUUGUUUUUGUGAUAACCACAGAUUAUAAAGGCAUGUCUUACAUUUCUAAAGCAAUAUUAAUGAUUGCUUGUAACUUUGUGCUGAAAAUCUUUUGAUUUUCUAUUUAAAGUAAAAACUUCCUUCAUGUGUUUGUCACUCCAUUCGUCUGUCUCAGAAUGAGGCUGUAUGAGCGAUCAGACACAAGAAGAAACUAGUUUAGUAGCAUUCUUGAAGUGUGCGUAUCCAUAUUGAGCAAGCAAUCAAAAAACAAAAAGCACCUUGGUACAGUGAAGUGUAAGUGAUAAUUUUAAGCAUUGGUUAUUUCAAUUAAAAACUAUUCUUGAAAUUACAGUGCAGUUUACUUAUUGUAUUGCUUGGACAAAUAUCUGUUUGUUCAAGGUACACUAAGCAAGCAUAUUGGGACCUGGUUGGCUGGCUUUUUAAAGGAUUUUAAAGUCCUUAGUUAAACCAGCUGAAUGUUACAAAUGACUGGGAGUUUUAUUUGCUUUACUUUUGUUAACUGUUAAACCAAGACCAUUAAAAAUAUCAAUCAAGUACACAUGUUGCUGAAAUCCUUGUCCUGCUUAACUAAACAUAGAACUUAACAAUCGGGUACAACUAUUAAAAAGUAACCUGUCUGGUUGCAGGCAUUUAUUAGACUACAUUACUCUGGAGAAGGUAAGGCAAGCCAAAAUGAGUGGUAAAUCAGGGCAGGUGCUAAGGCUAAUGCCUGAAGUAAAAAUGUCGGUGGUACCAAAGACAUUAUAAAGUAUAUGCGUGGCAGUGGCUGAUUUAAUUCAGGUCUUUUUAUAGUUUUAUCUCAGAAUAUAUGAGUGUUAACAUGUGAAGGAUUAGAUGAAUAGUCUCCUUUGCAGACACAUGCAACACCCCUCAAUCUAACAGGACUCCAGACUCAGAGCAACUUGUUCAGUCUUGGCUCAGCAGGAUCUAUCGACCACAUCCUCUUCGAACAGGUGCUGGUGUAGCCUUAAAAAACAAAUGAAUGAUACAUACCAUGUUUCUAAUGUUUUGUAUUCUCAUUUUGUAUGGUUUACAUCAAACAUCUACUUGCUGUGACCAAAUGUUGAUAAUUAACAAGAUUAAAUCUG